CCCGGCGUCUACACAAACUUGUGCGCUAUUUUCACAUUUCGAAAAGACCUUUUACACCAAAAAUGACUCCGCCCGCCACUUCCUAAGGAUAUUUCCUUGAGUCAGAGGGGAGAAGGGGGGAGCCAAGUACUUCUCGAUUCCGUGCGAAGAGACAUCCCAUUGUGAUCUGAAAUGUAACAACAGGUGAAACCUAGCAACUGAAGACGGAGCUGCCAUCUAAAAGGAAACAGCAGCGCAUUUCGGCUGUACUCUGGGUGUAGACAGGCUUACUGUACCGUAAGUACCACGGUGCGGAUUCGUGACACGUAGGUCGUUUAAUUCUGUGGCUGGAGCUUCAUAAAGGAAAGUUUGAUGUGGUACAUUGCUAAACAUCCACACAUGUUUUACCAUACCCACAUAUAAAGUAUCUGAUAGAGUUGCUGGUCUGGAAAGGAACAGUUAAAGAUCUUAUGGGUUGUUCGGGUAGUGGACUUUCUAAUCGAACUACACGUAAAAAUGAAACUGAAAUGUACAGUGUGGUAUUCAUAGCGAUGAUCUGAAUUGCAGCGAAUCGUACGGAAGAAAACGAAAGCAAAUGGUCAGUUUGCUAAUGUGGAUAAUGCAUGUUUUUAGUUAAAAAAAAAAAAAAAAUAUCCACAGUCACAUCAAGAUUCAUGUAAAUUCCGUGUCAAAUAUUUUUAACUGAUCACCUACCUAGCCUAGAGAAUAUGCUCACAAGAGACCGAUGUUGCGGGCAAAGUCAAAUACUUUUUUGAAAGCAGGUGGAGAUGUAAAUAUUGUGCUAAUCUUUGAUAUCAGUGCUCGGGGGGAUCUUGAAGUGACCCGCCAUAUGAAUUGCAGUGUCAUCUUUUCACAACAGAGGCGUUUGCAGAGGGUAUCUCACUAAUAGACGUUCAGAUACUCCCACAAAUUGAUAGUAGAAAAUGAUCUAGGUGAUAGUGGUGAGGAUGACAGGGCUAAAGCUGAUGUGAAAGACUGCAAUUCUGUUGAACUUAUACACCCUGACAUAUUCACAUUACACUUAAAUCUACAGUAAAUAUUACCUACAAAUAGUGAAAUGUUGAAUAUUACAAAUGCUGCAGGGUGUUCUGUACAUGGUAUCUGUUGAUGAUCACAUGAGGACUGCACACAAUGUGAGGUGUCUCUUAGCCAUUCAGACAUACAGUAGAUGAUGAUGCUAGUCUAUAGAGUUUUGAAUCUUGGCUCCAGCAGAGUAUCAGCACCAACACUGGAAUGAAUUCAACUUUACCUGGUACAGUGGGACUGUUAGCUCCCCUCUCUCUCUCUCUCUCUGGCAGCAUGCAUAGACUUUAAAUGGCGAAGGACAGAAGAUGAAUUAUUACAAAAAUGUAAAAUCCCUUUUGCAAAUUAUUCAUUGCUUUUUUGAGUGGGGUUCUAAGUGAAAAUGACUCCACGCCACGGAUCAAUACAUUUUUUAUGAUCCUUCUGAAAUAUCUCUCAAAAUUAUUGGUCAAUUUAGGUUAUAAAUAAAUGCCAUGUAUUCAGGUUAUCUGCACUUUGACAACUCUACAUUUCUGCAUCAUACUAAUGGACUUCUAGGACUUAAACUUGGGUCUGCACUCCAUGCAGAGUAUGGAAAGCAACCAUUUUCUGUCAGUCAAGGCAAAGAAAAGAUCAUUUGACAAAUCUACAAAUGUGGCUUCUGUCUGUUAGAAUGCAGCUUCUUCAUGAGAAAUGAUGAGCAGAUUUUAUACUAUCAUCUUCAAUCUCAUUCAAGUUGGUCUGGUGCACUUGGAGAUAUUCAGCCUUACUGCACCAGAUUCACUCCAGUUUAGUAAUGUAGGUGGUAAAGUGGUGUUGCCUUGCCUGCUCUCUCCCAGCAUCAGUGCUGUUGACAUGGAAAUCCUGUGGUCUAGAGAUGAAAGGAAAAUAUUCUACUACCGAGAGCAAAAAGAGGUUACACAAGGCAUUCAUAGCAGCUAUGUGGGUAGGACACACAUUGCAAAAGCGGAAAUGACCUUAGGAAAUGUUUCUCUUCACCUGGACAAUGUUCACACUAUGGAUGAAGCAGUAUACACAUGCGAAGUUGUUUCUAAGAACUGGCAUGACAGCAAAACUGUCAGGUUAAAGAUUAUUGCACUGGGCAGCAUCCCCCUGAUGUCUUUGGCUGGAAUACAGAAAAAUGGUAUACUGUUAUACUGUGAUUCAAAAGGAUGGUACCCCAGGCCUGCAAUUGAAUGGUCUGACAGAAAGCAAACUAAUUUAACAGGACAGGCCAUAUAUUCUGAAGAAGUGGACAACUCUGGGUUAUACAACGUGCAGAGUUAUCUACAAGUAUAUGAGGAGAAUAAACAUGAGCUUUCCUGUAUCAUCAAGCAAGGUGAACAUGAACUGCAAUCCAGAAUUAGUAUUAAUGAAGACUUUUUUCCUCGGGUUUCAGCUAUGACUGUGGUUUUAGGAAUUCUUCUGCCCUUGAGUGUUCUGGCCUUCAUGGUGAUGACCUUUGCUGCUCUCAGUUUCAAGAAUAAAGUUAAAGCUGAACGGCAACGAGCAGAGGCUGAGUAUGACGAAUUUUCUCAACGUCUUGCUGCUGAGAGGCUACGUGUUCAAGAUGAAUAUAAAGAACAGGCUCAAAGUCUCGAUGCAAGGAAUAUUCACAAGUUUGCAGAUUUAACUCUAGAUCCAGAGACGGCACACCCUUACCUUCAAAUAUCAGAAGACAGAAAACAAGUGAAAAGAGGAGACAAACGUCAGGACCUUCUUGAUGGGCCUCAGAGAUUUGAUGCUUGGGCCUGUGUUCUGAGUACACAGGCGUUCAACAGUGGACGGCACUACUGGGAAGUGGAUGUUGGAAAUAAUAUUGACUGGAUAUUGGGAGUAAUGAAAGAAACUGCAUUAAGGAAAGGUACAAUUGAUAUGACUCCCAGUCAGGGAUACUGGACACUGAAGCAGUAUGAAGAUCAGUUUACAGCAUUGGAUAGCAUCAGGACCAGCCUCACUUUGAGCAUAAGGCCCACAGCCAUUGGAAUGUAUCUGGAUUAUGAGGAAGGCCAAUUUUCUAUUUAUAAUGUGAACAGCAGAACUCUGAUCUAUACAUUUACAGAAAAUUUCAGUGAAAACGUUUACCCAGUCUUUAGGACAUAUGAUACCUGCAAUUUAAAAUUAAGGUUGCCGGUUGAAAUAAAUUAAAACAUGGCUGAACUGUUUGCUAAUUGGGAUUUUAUAAGAUAUUUUAUGCAACAAAUGGACCACCACCCUUAAGCUUCAAGAUGUGUUGUAUCAUAUUUCCCAUUGCGACCUGGAAGAUUGUCGGCAGUAAUGAAGAUUAACGUAUUCACUGCACCACUGUGGUUCGUGUAUUUAAUAUGCUAUGCACAUGCAUAAAUAUGAUUUUUCUAUAUAUACAAUAUAUGCAUAUAUAUUUCAAUUUUGCUUGUUUUCACAAUAUUACUUGCUUUUCCUGUUUUGUUAUGAAUUGCUUCUUUGUUUUCAUUCUUGUGCGGCAUAAAUCAUUGCAAAAGUGUUUGUUGGACUUUUCCAUGAGAAACAUUCAGAAGGUUCCUUGUUUUCCUAAAAUUUCUAGAAAUGGACUAGUUAAGGUCCUAGUUUGACACUGAUCAGCUUAUUAUAACAGAACAGUGUUAUCCUAAAGAUAUAAAACCCCACCUUGGCAUUUUGUAAUUCCACUGGACCGCAAACAAGCCAGAGCACCACAGCUGCUGAUCUGCUUAAUCCUGAGACUUUUGACUGGCAAUUAUCUGCCGCAUUUUAUGCUCCAAACAUCUUAAACACAGGGUGGUGCAGUGGUAGCACUGCUGCCUUGCAGUAAGGAGACCUGAGUUCACUUCCUGGGUCUUCCUUGUGUGGA